UCACUUAUAGCGCUGACCUGCAAGACAAUGAGUUUGACAGAAGGCUAGUGUGCUGCCAAAUUGCGUACAGGAAUGAAGACUAUGAAAAGAUGGCAGCUAUUUCCCCCAUCUGUGCAUUCCUGUCAAGUUGAAAGGUGUUCACUGAGAGGAGAGAGAGGUAGGACUUGGGAGAGGGAAGGGAUGGGAGAGAGAGAGGACCCAGAGAGAGAGAGAGGGAAGCGGCAGCAGUAACACCUAGCUCCUCUCCAACAGUCCCAUUCCUCGCCUUCUUCGGGCCAAGCGGAGCAGCAGUACGAGCGAUAGGAUUUUCACUGAGGACAACGCGCAUCCAAAGGAUCUGAGAUUUCCCGGGGACUGGUGGCCAAAGACGUGGGAGGAAAGGAUACAUCAUCGCAAAGACAGAGUUGUCAUUAUAGAGCCAAAAUAGGGGGGCAAGUAAAUCCGAAUCGACUCUCACAGAUUUCGAGGCACUUUACAACUACAGGACACCUCCGGUUCUUACCUGUGCGUCGUUUAUGUCCCUUCUCCCGGGUGAUAAAAGUGUGUGCAUUUUCACUUACCCCUUUUACGCACGGUGACACGCCGAGCUGGAGACACGCGGAUACGGUCCUGGAUGCAAGAUGCUGAUCGGUACAUCGACCCAGAGAAGCCCCCUACUGGCUUCCCUCCCUGUCCCAGGACGGCCUCUGCAGCCUCAGCUUGAGCUCAAACACCUAAUGCCCUUCAGACUGAAUGGAUCCUCACCCCUCAGUCUCUUUCCUAACUUUAAUACGAUGGACCCCGUCCAGAAGGCAGUGAUCAACCACACAUUUGGUGUCCCUCAGCCUCUCAAGAAAAAACAGAUUAUCUCCUGCAACAUUUGCCACCUGCGCUUUAACUCAACGAAUCAAGCAGAAGCCCAUUAUAAGGGCCACAAGCAUGCGCGGAAACUAAAAGCCAUGGAGGCCCAGAAGAACAGGCAGAGACGAGCUGGUGAGGCCUCAUCCACAGGGAGAGAGAAAGACAGAGACCGGGAGCAAGAUCGGGACAGGAGCAAGACGUCCACGUCUGAGGCAGCUCUUCCCGUGCUCAUGGAUACAAGCUCAGUGGAGGGAACAAGUCUUCAGUCUGAUAUAGAACCAGCCAGCCUGGAGGCAAAGUCCAAAGAGAGUCUGAAGAGCUCAGUUAUGAUGACACUGGUGUCUGAGGUUUCUUCUGUGGAGUUGGUCACCCUUUCCCCUCCCCAGAUUUCACCUUCCUCUCAACCCUCAGAGACUGCCUCAGACACCAGCGCCCCAGAAGUCACAGAGGUCACUGAGGCCGCUGGCCCGACCGCUGAGUCGGGCAGCCCUGCAGAGGCAUCCAGCACAAACGGGGAGGAGGACAAAGAUCCCAAGAAAAGCAAAGCUCACCUCCAUUGUCCUGUUUGUAAAGUCACAGUCAACUCCGUCUCUCAGCUGGAAGCACAUAACAGUGGUACAAAGCACAAACUUAUGCUGGAAGGUCACAGUGUUUUGCCAAGACGCAGGGGGAAAGUGGUGGCAGCUCGUGUAGGAUGCAAGAGCAAGCGACUGGGCAGCAAAGGCACUGUCGGGGUGCCCAGCAAAAAUUUCCAGUGUGAAGUGUGUGAGAUCUUUGUGAACUCUGAGACCCAGCUGAGCCAGCACAUGAAUAGCAGAAGGCACAAGGAUAGGCUGGCCGGAAAACCACCCAAGCCCAAAUUUACACCCCACAGCAAGAGCCAGCCGAGCUCCAGCUUAGCGAACGUGAGAUGGAGUGGCUAUGCAGGCGUGGCUGUGUCGGCCAUGAAGAAAGCAUUCACCCAGUACAACCUCACCUCCCUCUCCUCACAGACCAAACUGGCUUUGCAGAAGCAACUGACCAAGAGCUUGACAACUGGCUUCCUGCCCAGCCCCCUCACUCCACCAACGCUGUGCACAGUGACGACUAACCCACUGGCUCUGCGCCACCCAGUGGGCACCACCACCUUCAUCCAGACCCCCUUCCUGGGUCCUGCACUGUUUCGACCUGCCCCAGGACCACUGCGGGCCACACACACACCCAUCAUCUUCUCCCCCUAUUAGAGACUUGACCCACUUCUCAUCUGACCUCCACCCCUGUCCCUUUAUCAAGCCCCAGGCCCUCCUUUAGUGUGACCUACAUGACAAAGGCUACACGCAAACUAUGCAUACCGCCAGACUUAAUAAGGAAACUGUACACAAGUCCUUAUGCUCAGUAGGCCAUGAGGCCUGAGAGCUGUUCCUAUCAUAAAGGCCAAGAUCCCCCAUCAUGCCUUCUUUCUGCUCCUCUUAUCAUGACCAAAGGAGCAGGACAGGCCUCCAGACAGUGACUGGUGCACAGAGGCCGCUUUUAUAGCCAUUUCAUGGGUCAACAUGGUUUGGAUUACAGAUAUUAUUGUGUAAUUUAUUAGAGAACAAAGAUAGAAGAGUGUAGAUGUAUGUUUAGUGUGGUUGCCACAAAAUAAGGUCCCUUUACUUGAUGCUCUUGUACUAAUUUUUAACUUAUUGGUUUGGGGGGUUUAUAAAAGGUGGUGUAUUCUCCUGUAUGGUGGACAAGCCAGUCUCAUUUUGAUGAGUGUUUUCAAGUAACAAGCUCCAAGGACCAUCUGAAGUCAAAUGUUAUCAUAUUGCAUCUUGAAUAUGGCCAUUACCAGAUAACCCUCUGGUCAAGUACCGCCGCAUACUUACAUAUAUGAAAGACAAAUAUGAGUCCUCAUAGUGAAGCAUAUGUGCAUCUAUAACUACAGACUUUAUGUUCAUACAUUAAAACCCCAUUAUUACCAUUUUGUACCUCUUGCUCUUCCCUUAACACUGUUUCCCUCAGCCUUUAAUUUGUACAAUUAAAACAUUUCUUUCUCCCCUUCCUUCUGAGUCACAGCCACAGUCAUAGCCCUCCGAGUCUUUUCCCUCUUUUCUCAUUAAGGUACAGAAAAGGUCAGCUUGUCAACUUGGCUUCGUUUCAAUUUGAAAAUCUCCCUUCAGAAUGACUUUUUUUUUUUUUUUUUGCUCCAGCACAUCAUUGACACAUUGCAGCUUAAACAUGCUGUUCUUGCCAAGCAAGCAGCAUGAAAACAUUUUUGCAGUUAUGGAUGUCUUAUAUUGCAAAAAUGCCAGUAUCUCUCUGUCCUCGUGAGUGCUCUUUUCUCCUUUCCUCCUUCAUUCUACUGUCGUCACCUUGCUGUUGCCCUUCAUUUUCUCUGGCGUUAUCUCAGCAUGAGAUGAUGAGGAGCAGGGAAAGCCUCCGCCAAACACACUCGCAUACAAUCGCACACAUAAUGAAAACACAAUGGAAAACUUGAGGACUUGAUGGGCUUUCAGAGCUCACUGAAAACUUUGGAUGACAGUGGGUGGGGAAGUCGCUCAGCCAGUACUUGAUUGACAUCCUGUUGCAGUUUCUACGUAUUGCGUGGGAGGGAACAAAGCACAGUGCCAUGGCAACCACAUUAAAAGCACCUUAAAACUAAUUUACUUACAAAAGCAAUGAAAAUUAUGUUGAUAUUCACCUUUUUUGCUGUAGGUGUAUGUUUUUUACAAUCCCAUGUCAAUUUCAGUGUUUUACUUAAAAAAAAAAACAAUCAGGUGAGAAUGAUAACUUUAUGGUUUAUCCAUGAAUAAGACAAGUCUCACAUUUAAAGCAAUACAUUCAUUAUAUUUAUGUUUAUGAUGUGUUUUCAGUGUGUCAGUGGCUUUAUCUACUCUAUACUGUAUACAAAUGUAUUAUGUACUCCAAUACAGCCAAGGGCCAACUCUGAGUUGUCAGUGUAGGGUCAUUUGAAACAAUAGGUUGUCUUGACAGUGCUGCCCUUGAUGCUUGAUGCUCAUGGUCAGUCUCCUCAUGUUGCGACUCGGGGCUUAGCCGUUCCAUUUAUAGCUGCUCUCGCGCUGCGGAGAGGAUGCUUCAGCGCCAUAUGACAUUGCUGUGUCACUUUUUAGCAGAGCAGAUGAACUUUUGUAGGACUUCCACUGAGCAAAACAUUGCUACAUCAGAGACAAGUGUUUGAGACAAGUGUCACAAGUGCAACAUCAACUGUCAUAUUGCUGUUCACACCCACGUGCUGUCUCUCCAGCCCUCCUAUCCAACAUAUCUACUGAUACUCAACCCUCACCUCUGCCAAAAUGGACUGUUGGCAAGGACUUGGAGCACACACAUCACCCUUUCUUCGACACUCAUACCAAAUUAUGUUUUCUUAAAUUACAGCACUGGAGCAAAUCCUAUGCAUUUCUCAUUGUGCAAUAUGUAUAGUUGUCUGUGAUGCAGCAGUGCCAUCUGUCGUGAAAACCCUGUAAUUGCCAUCAUGUACUAGUGCUUCUACAAGACCUGAUCAUUAUGUACAUUUUGUUUAUUAAGGACCCCCAGGUCCUUCUGGGUAAGCGAAGCCAUCGGGUCUCCCCGCCAUAUUGAUGUGAUUUUUUUCCCCAGUCGCACUACUCAGUGAACCAGCCAGCCUUUAAUCUUCACUGUUUGUUUCUAUCACUCAGUGGGAACACUGACCUAAAGAACUGAAACUUUUCUUAAAAUAAAGAACCUAGAGAAGGCAAAUUAUAUGUAGAUAUCAGAGUAACUACAGAGAUUUUAUUGUUAUCUGUAUCAUAUUGAACUGCUAUCAUAGAAAAAAAGUAGAUUAUGCUAUUGUAGGCUCUGUAUCGCAUACAGAGAGGAAAAAUGCUUUUUCUUUUUUUGUUUGUUUGUUUCUUUACAUGGUUUUACCAACAUGUUUUUAAAGUACAAGAGAAAAUAUUUAAAGCAACAUUUUUUGAGUGAGCCUUUUUUUGUCUCCUUGUUGACAGUGACUGAAUAAAUAAUGUUAUUCAAGGCCUUUCUAGAUGGUAUCCUAGAGUCACAUUAGCCAGGCCUUCUCAGGGGUGACAGGUUGAUCAAAUGCUAACAUGACCAUCCAUUCAGGGUAUCCAUCCAUAGCUCUGGGGAGCAGGAAACACUGUACAUAUGGAUGGAUUGACAAACAAAUUUACAGUGCUGUACAUUAGAAAAGACAAGGUGUGGGUU